AUGGGGCAAGGCUAUCCAGUUGCCGCCGCUGCACUGAGGAGUGAAUCGGGUGACUGGGUGAGGCAUGGCGCCGUGGGGCGUGGGCAGCGACACAGUGAUUCUGUGAACAUGGCGGUGUGGGCACUGGCAGCGGCUGAGUCAGCCAUCCCAACCACUGCUCCAAACUUUCCAAUUUACAUGCACGGUUACUAUGGAGCCCCACCUGCAUGGUCACCGGCUAUUAUGCCAUAUCCAAAUGCACACCAACUUCAAGCCAACAUUCAGAUGCAUGGGUUGGGUCGUCCGAAUCCUCUCAUGGCUACAAGCUCCGGAUCGGUCGAAAAAUUUGGUAAAGGGGAUACACCUAGUGAAAGUGCAGCGCCCUGUUCGUCAUCUAGAGUUCAGUCUCAAGGUGAAGAGGAUAGGCCAGAUUCAUGGGAAACAAGCGAUGGCAAUGCCGGGUCACCCCAGGUAGACGAGCUGGGAUGUGGUGAUAUGAUUGAGGAGCCAAGAACAGGGAUGGAGUUUAAUUCUUUAGAGGAAUUAAAUAGCUAUUAUAAGUUAUAUGCUAAAAGAUGUGGAUUUGGAUCCAUGACACAAAGGAGUGAGAGGGAUGACAAAGGGAGUGUCAGAUAUGUCACUCUUGGUUGUGCUCGUGGGGGAAAGGCUCGGAAUAAAACGACGAACAUGGGAAAACCACGGCCUACAGCUAAGACUGACUGUAAGGCAAGGAUUAAUGCCUUAAAAGUUGAUGAAAAGAUGAAGUUGACCACAGUUAAUAAUACACACAAUCACGGACUGAGCCCACAGAAAUCGCGCUUCUUCCGUUGUAAUCGUGAAGUAAGUGAGGCUGUAAAAAGAGUGCUAGAUACUAAUGACCUGGCUGGCAUCCGAAUGAACAAGAGCUUCAGGUCUCUUGUUGUUGGCGCGGGAGGGUUUGAGAACCUGCCAUUUUCGGAAAAAGAUUGUCGCAACUACAUAGAUAAGGCAAGACAUCUGCGACUUGGAUCAGGUGGUGCUGGAGCGCUACGAGACUAUUUCUCUCGGAUGCAGUACAAGAAUCCCGGAUUCUUUUACUUGAUGGAUUUAGAUGAUGAUGGGAGGUUAAGGAAUGUAUUCUGGGCAGAUCCACGCAGUAGGGCAGCAUAUCAAGAUUUUGGUGAUGUGGUAACAUUUGACACUACGUACUUGACGAAUAGGUACGGGAUGCCCUUCACACCAUUUGUUGGUGGAAAUCAUCAUGGACAGUCGAUUCUAUUGGGGGCAGGGUUAAUUUCCAGUGAGGACACAGACACUUUUAUUUGGUUAUUCCAGACUUGGCUGCAGUGUAUGGAUGGAUUAGCCCCGCCAGCUAUUAUUACUGACCAGGACAGAGCAAUGAAGAAUGCAAUCGCUGUUGUAUUUCCAAAAACUCGGCAUAGAUUUUGCUUGUGGCAUAUACUUAAGAAAGUCCCUGAGAAGCUAGGCUCUCAUCGUGCCUACAAAAGUGGCCUGAAAAAAUUUGAGAAAUCCUGGGAGCAGUUAAUUAGCACAUACACGUUGCAAGAGAAUGGCUGGUUGCAAAGUUUGUACUCUGAGCGCACGUAUUGGGUACCGAUCUUCCUGAAGGAGUAUUUUUGGGCUAGCAUGAGUACCACACAACGGAGCGAGAGCAUGAAUGCAUUUUUUGACGGGUAUGUUCAUGCGAAGACAAACUUGAAGGAGUUCGUCGACCAAUAUGACAAUGCAUUGAGAAAGAAAAUCGAGAAUGAAAUCAGCGCGGACUUCCACUCCUUUAGCGUUACAAUUCCAUGCAUAUCUAGAUCUCCUAUAAAGAAGAGAUUCCAAGAGUUGUACACGAAUGCCAAAUUUAGAGAAGUUCAGCAACAAGUUAUGGGUGUGCUUGAUAUGGAUCCAUAUCUACUUAGAUGGGAUGGUGUGAAGAAGACAUAUCUAGUAGAAGAUGAAGUUCGUGUUGAGGAGUUCUGUAAAAAUAUUACAUAUUAUGUGGACUUUAAUGAGGAAAACUACGAAGUUAAGUGUUCGUGUGGGUUAUUUCAAAUAAGGGGGAUACUAUGUAGGCAUGUCUUGUCCAUAUUCAAAUGUAAUGGGAUAAAAUCUUUACCAGCGAGGUACAUUUUAGAUCGAUGGAGGAAAGACAUCAAACGGAGAUACACUUUAAUCCACAGUACAUAUGACUCAGGGCAUCAGCGAGAAGAUACUAACAGAUAUUCAACUUUAUUGAAUAUUUGUUAUCAGAUGAUUACUCGUGCAGCGGGUUCAAAAGAGCAUAUUGAAGAUGCGACAAAAAAGUUAAAUGCAAUGAUUGAGUUAUAUGGCGACAACCAAGAACCCCCUUCAAUGACCAAAAUAGGGGAGGAGACAACCAUCGUUGGUAGUUCGAAGCAAGUUCUCAGUCCACAAGUUGUGCGAGGAAAAGGCAGACCCUCAUCCCUGAGGAGAGCAUCCAGGAUGGAGCAACACAUCCGGAAAGGAAAAGCGAAGACGAAGAAAGCAAAUUUAUUGGGCAAACGUAAAGAGAGAGAUGGAGGAUAUACGCCAGCCCAGGACACAUGUAGGAAUUUAUUUGGGCCAGCAGAGAUAGAUGGAAACAUGCAGACUAUUCGAGUCAGCUCAACCUUUGACAUUAGCGGAAAUCAAAAUAUGGCUGGGAGUCAAGAAAGUGUACUGUUUGGGUUGGAUGGAUCACAACCUGUACUAGAAGGAUUGGAUGGAUCAGAAGUGCAGAAAUGA